AUGGACCAAGCAGGUGAGGUCAUGCAUCAAUGUAAGAUCACAAGGGCUCAAGGGGGAAAGAGUGCGACCACAGAAGACAAGACUACAGCAGCCGGCAGCAAGGGCAUGCGGGACGCUCUCAAAUGCAAGGGUGUCAUCGCUCGACUCACUUUGGGCAAGGAGGCUCCUCCAGAGAUCGGCACCACGUUUCCACGACGUCAACAGCCAGAGCAUGUGUUGGAUCCGGGAUACCCUGAUGCUAGCGCUGUGCUGGAAGCCAUUGCCCAUGGUCACGACAAUUUCCAGGAUCUCGAUGCUGAGCCCAAUGAUGCUGCUUCCCUUUGGGAGGAGGCGAACAUCAAUGACGGGGAGAUGAGGAGCUUGGAGUCCAAUGCUGCCUUGCGCCAGGUGCAGAUAGCCCGCAUGGAGCACUUUGAGCGGUUUUGGGGUGCAGCAGACAGGGAGCGCACCUUGAUCAGCUUCAUGGUGGACUAUGGAUUCUGUCCGCUGUGCUCUUUUGGUCCAAAACAUACUCCAACAGGCAUCUCCAAGAGCCAGCAGCUGAACCAGCCUUUGGUCCACUUGGAGACGUACCACUAGAACAUCGUGGUCGCCAUUUGGACAGGCCAGGCGGUGAACCCUGGGGUGUUUCAAAGCCCCUUGCUUCCUGGCUGGCGACAGCAUCCAAUCUUCCAGAGGCACAGCAACAUUGAAGAGCAAUUCUUCUUUCCAGCCAUCUCCUUGAGCAUCUGGAUGGACCCAGCCAUGGAACUGAUCACAGAUUGGGCGUUCAGUGCACUUCGAUUGAUCUUCAAGGCAGACAAUGUCCAAAAGAUUGAGUGGAUCGCUUCAAUCCUGGAGCAGAUGUCCAAGUCUUUGGGCUUGGUCUAUAACCUUCUGAAGGCUGGACAGGGAAACUUGGCCAGGUGUCAGGAUAUCACUUGGUCCAGUGAGCACGCUACAGCAUCUCUCAGCUCUCACUGACCAAAGCUCAAACCCAGUAUUGCCAUCCACACCAAACGCAUCAUUGCGCCAUUUGCACUCCGCAAAGCCACCCGCAUUUACUCGUUCCAUGUCAACUACCCCCCGCAUAUGGUGGACAAACGCGAGAAGGCUUGCAUCUAUGCGCAACAGACUUGAACACCUUCUGACGCAACUCUUUGCUUUCUUUCUCAUUUGUCUCAGUGCCAAUUGCAAGCAGCCAGUUGCUCCUCUUCAAAAUGCCAAGUGCCUGGUCCAGCGCAAGGCUCUGUUCAAGAAGCUCCUUGAGGAGGAGCGUAAGGAGGAAGCCAAGCGCCAAAAGGCAAUUCAAAAGGUCACCAAGGACCUUGCUUCCUCUGUGAGUGCCUUUGAAUAAGUAGCGAUGAUCUCAAUUGCCCAUGUGACUGACCAUAUAUGACCAUCUGUCCGUUUUUGAUUUGUUUCCCUGUUGUUCUCAGUUGUCUCUUUGA